CGCGCGUUGUUUUGUGCAUCGCCACUCGCCAGUAAUCGUCGCGACGCACGGUGUAUCAGCAUAUUUUGCAGCGCGUAUGCUGGGGUGUUACCGGACAGUCGCCCAGCUGAACGGCACAUUAUGCGCUGUUCCUUCGAACUUCUCGCGGCACUCAGGUAUCCGAAGGAAGAAAGGUAAAACACUGACGGGCUCCGCGUCGUCCGCACCAAGAGAGACAUUCCUAAACAACGAAGAUCCCGGCUACGCGACGGUCGUCCGCACGCGCUACGUAAUCCGCUACGUGUCAUGAAAGCUGCGAUAACCGUCGUGACAGAGUGAGCAGAGGGUGAAAAUGUAUUGCACUACGCUCGGAAGAUGCUUUUGCAGGAACGACGCGGUGAGGGCCCUGAGCACCGGCGAGGUGUCCACCGCGCUGAGACCGUUCUACUUCACCGUUCAUCCGGAUCUGUUUGGUCAAUACCCCACGCAGAGAACGGUGAAUGAGAAUUCUCUGAAACAGCUGAGCUCAAUCUUAGAAACCUUGCAACAGAAGCAGCCUAUACGACCCACCAUUUUGCCCUUUUACUUACGCUCGAAAGAUGAAAAGGAAGUGAAAGCUGGUAAAUUUACGCUCGUGAAUAUACAGUUAAAAGAGAAGGAUUUGAGGCAAGCGAUACUUUCCAUUUUAAAAACAUGCGAUCUACCCACGACGUUUGUCGACAAAAUCGAAGAUCGAGAGCCACCUGUCGCACGGUACAAAUCGAGAUUUUGGCAAGACCCUGGAGAAAAGCUAGAUUUUUCCGAAUUGGAAGAUGACCCUAUUUACGCGUCAAUUGUUAUGAAACGGAAGAUUAAUGCGGAGCCGGAUACGUUAAAGGCCUAUCUGGAUAAGCACGUAAACGAGGUGCACGUUAAGCUGGAGGCAUGCAGACCGGCGAGAGAGGAGGUAGAGAAACUGGAGAAAGUACUGUGCGACAACUUGGGACUGAAGGAUAUAGUAUGGGACUGUGGAUGGAAUAUCGCUCAUUACCGCGGCUGCUUAUUGGCUUUCAAAGCUCUGGCCGAGCAUCAUCCGGAAUCGAUGGAGGUGUUGAGAAAUCGGACCCUCGUGUUCGCGAACGACACCGGCAUCAGUUUAGAAGGGAACGUUAUGCUAAAUUCUGGCGAAGUACGGCACAAUUGGCUCGAUCUAAUAAAGAACGUAAGAAAACACGACGCUGUACUGUUGAAAUUGCCGGCGUUUGAGAAGGCAGUGUCCCAAGUGCUCCUCGACAUUAAAGUCGGUCGACGGGUCCUCUAUAUGUGCAGGAAAUUCAUGCCUAAAGUAAUGGUCGGCCAGUAUGAGCAACAGCUGCGACAGCUGACGACCACGCUCUCGGAUUAUCGUGGGAAGAGAAGGUAUCCGAAUUCUUGGCCGGCCAGUCUGUCCGCUUACGAGAUCGUCAUCGAGGCCGAAGCGGGCCCGCUAAUGCUGUCGCCGACUGGACAGUUCAUCGUGCCGUCGUCGUGUCCAAGCUUCCUGCUGGUGAAUUUUAUUAGUGAAAAUUUACAGGAGGCUACAAAGAGAUUGUGUCAUUAUAACAACAUAAAGCACGUGGAACGGGAACUUCAUUCUCAAACCAUCAAGGAAUUAGGUUUAUCAGCCCUCAACAAAGACGAUAGCAUUACACCGGAUCUAAUGAUACAGUGCUGUGAACGACUGCUUCUGCAUAAACAGCAUUUAGCACCAUCUCUCGAAGGCGUUAUAUUGUGGGUUACUCAUUAUUAUUCCGUUAUGAGCGACGGUGUUCUUUGCGUGCCAUGGGACUGGAAGUUCUAGUUUGUAAUAAGAAGGAAAUACGCGUUAAUAAUCAUUAUUAAGCCAUUAGCCUGAAUGCAAAUAUUUUGUAAGAUUCUAAUUUUCAUGAUUACAUGCAAAUGAUGUAAUCGAAUGAUUAUAACAGUGUAGGACAAGUAAUUAUCUGAAUUUGGGAUAAAAUGUACCUAACAGUCUAUUACAAUAGUCAAUACUAUUACACUAGUCGCUGUAAUAGUACUGAUAUGUAUCCCACAUUUUGCGUGUUGCUAGUUUAUUGAAGUUUAUUAUCGUCUUUAGUUCGCGAAGAUAACUAGAACAAAUUUCUGCGAGAUGACUCCCACUGUUAGUGUAUGCGUGUGCGUGCGCGUGUGUGUGAGGGAGAGAAAAAUUCAACAGAAACGAUAAAAUUAAACGCAGGAAACAAUCGAAUAAGGCUGUAUUCUGAAAUUAUUAUAUAUACUCGUAUUAUGAUAAAGAUAAAAUUGCUUAC